GGUUUAUAUAAUAUGAAAAGGAUGCAUAUCAUUACAAAAUACCUUUGUGUUAUUGUAUUGUUCUUUGAUAACUUCACCAUUUGUGCGAAGAUCAAUGAACAUCAGGCUAUUCAAAACCAGACUCUUAAAAUCAGACAAAUAAUGAAAAUGGCCCAGGAAUACAGAGUCAGGAGGGCCAAAACUGAAUUGAUUGUUCAUCCUCAUUACGCUAGUAACAACACCAUCAAUCGGCAUGAUGCCGGAGAUGGCCGAGUUGUUACGAUUGAUGGAACCAUAUCAACCGCAACAUUUUCGUAUGGAACUUACAAUGACCAUGUUGGCACAAAUUCCACGACCACGGAAAGUGAUGAAAGUAGUGAAAAUGAAUUGUCUGGAAAUCAAACAGUGAUAAUGGGAUCUGGUAACAAUACAUCAUUAUCUAGUAACAACACCAUCAAUAAGGAUCAUAAAUUGGAAGAACACCCAAAUCAGAAAACAAACACAUUAGCUGGCGAUGGAUUAGAUGGAACCAUACCAACCGCAACAGUUUUUAAUGUAACUUACAAUGACCAUGUUGGCACAAAUUCCACGACCACGGAAAGUGAUACAAGUAGUGAAAAUGAAUUGACUGAAAUAUCUGGAAAUCGAACAACGAUAAUGACAUCUGGUAACAAUACAUCACCAUCAUUGCCAUCGCAGGCACAAGCACCAUCAUCAUCAUCAUCAUCAUCACCACCAUCAUCAUCAUCAUCUUCGGCCUUUUCCCCAUUAUUCUCAGCGGCAUCAUCAACAAUAUUUUCAACAGCCACAACAUUCAAAGUAACAGCGCCAUCAUCGUCCAUUGUCACAACCAAGUCUUCCUCAUCACUCACGGAGACGAACGUAAAAGCAAGAAGAAGAACAACGACGACGACAACAAUUAAACCUUUCAUACCUUCAAGUACUUCAACAACAUUGUUGAAAAGUGCGCUGACUCAAGCAACAGCAAGAGCAAUUACAGUGCCUGCAUUGUCUUUUUCACACAAACUUACAAAUGAACCGAAGCUCAAAACCGACGACAUAACACUUCACCCAUGUGUAUGUGACGACAAUAGCCUCUCUGGCAAUUUCUACACGGGUUCAUCGGUUGCAUCUGCAACGGUAGGGGGAGUGUUUCUCGGCGCUUUUACGAUGAUCCUCAUCUUCUACAUCCGUGGCAAAUGUCGCAGACAUUUCAAUGGUGACUAUAGGAGAGUCCCCAUCGAGUACGAUUUCGAACUCAACCCAAACUUAAGACACCGCUGAUUAAAGUUUAUCAUAUGCGUGGAAACGCAUGGAAUUUAAUCAGUUGAAAAAACAACAACACACAAACCAUUUCUCAUGGAAAACCUUCCGACCUAUUAGACCAAGCAGGGAAAAACAAAAGGCCCGAUAACCAAGAUGACAUCAAUAGCUAGUUAUAAAUGGAACGGUUUUUUUAUAAAGCAAAACAUUAAAGAUGCACUCUUACUCACAGAUAAGAUUUACCAUAAUAAAUAAUAUUAUUUCAAUAUUCCAAAAAGGAUGAAUAAAUGUAAAAACAA